CCUGAAGGUCCGCCGACCUUCUGUAGACUCUGGGCCAGCCAGGAAGGGAGCAUGGCCGGUUUCCAUCUCUUCUCCCCAUGGUCCUAUGGGGAGCUCGGGGAACCCUUGCUAGCUGGAGAGCAGGAGUUCGCAGCCCAGCUGGGCUGGCCUGAGCUGUCUCUGAGUCCCUGGGCCCAGACUCCUGGCGCUGAGAUCGAGACCGAGGUGCCCUGGGUGCACCCGAAGUGUUCGCCCACUGGGCGGUCCCGCCGGCGUGGGUAUAUGGCCUCGCCACGAGAAAGCCACAGCCUGACACACGUGGCCCGGAGACCCUCGGACCGAGCCAGGAAGCACAGGUCCGGCAGCCUCUGCCUGGAAGAAGCCAGCGAGGAGGCACCGACCAAGUCCAGCAGAACUUGGCAGCAGCAGCAGCAGCCAAGGGAUCAGCCCGGCCCGCGCUACCCUGCAGCCCGGGGAGAUUCGUCCCCGCAGUACACCCGGGAAGCUUUCAGUCCCCCAAGUGCUGGGACGUUGCUUGUAGAAAAGAUUCACCCUGGAGACCGGUGGGCAGUGCCGGUGUGCAGACGUGUAGGUCUCUGGUCCCCUUCCUCGGUUCUCACCGACAAGUCCUCUGUGCACUCCCUAGAGUUCUGUAAACAAUCUACCCAGAAUAGGAGUAACCGCGACCUGACUGAGUCCUUAAACAAGUACGACUGUCCCUCUGCUUCCGGCAAAGAGAAGAGUAGCCAGCACGCUCAGGUCCUCAAGAGCAAGUUGGACGAGGCGGUUAUAUCUUUGAGGGACCAGAAGAUCUUGGCCCUGGUGCUGAGCAGGCUCAAGAAGGCUCAGAGGAUGCGAGAGCUGCAGCAACAGGCUGCAGUCGCCUGGGAAGAGCUGAAGCGCUCAGACCAGAAAGUUCACUUGACCCUUGAGAGAGAGCGCAAGCUGCUGCUGUUGCAGAGCCAGGAGCAAUGGCAAGGACAGAGGGAACAGCACAAGCCUCAGAGGGGCCAUGGCCACGAGCAGCCUCGCCAGGGGCACAAGCAGCAGGGACCGCGGUGUGACCUCCAGGCAAGGAGCGCGAUUCAGUCGGAGAACGAGAGUGAGUGGAUGGUGCAAGCUGAUAACCCGGAGAACCGAGGCCUGGACAAGAUGGAUAAGGUGCAAGCUCAGGCCGAACAUCUCAAACAGUGUCAAGCGCAGAGUCUGCGGGAGCAGGAGAGGGUGCUGCAGAGUGUUCGGGAUCUGAACAGGCUGCAGCUGCAGAAGAGGCUGGAGAUAGCGGGUCACAAGAGGGAGCAUGUGAUGGCGGAGAGCCCGAAGAAGGUCCAGGAGAGCAACCUGAGCACCAUUGUCAACUUCCAGGCCCGCAAGGUUCUCAUGGACUGCCAGGCCAAGGCGGAGGAGCUCCUCAGGAAGCUGUCGCUGGAGCAGAGUUCCCAGAGCUCCCAGGACAGCCAAAAGGGUCUGGUGAAGGAGCAGCGGCACAGAGAGAAGCAGGCGAAGGCCCAGACGGAGGCAGAGCAGUUCCAGAGAAGGAGAUGGCACGCCGAGGAGGCAGAGGAGCUGCUCCAAGUGAGCAAGCGGGUGCUGGCAGAGCUGGCUGAACAGGAGAUCAGGCAGGCCAGGAGUCAUGCGCACAAGACCACCAAGGACAGGGCGCAGCACCAGCAGGAGCUGAACAUCCUGCGCGAGAGGAACCAUCAUAUCUUGAAGCUGAAAGCAGAGAAGGAGGAGAAGUGUCACAUUGAGGGCAUCAAGGAAGCCAUCAAGAAGAAGGAACAAAGGUUAGCGCAGAUGACCUCAGGGAAAGAUCCCAUUUUCCAGGAGUAUCAGAAGGGUCCCGCAUCCUCCAAGAUAAACCGCUGUUUUGACCAGGCGGCAGCAGAGCCCCAGCUGCCCGUGCACCUGCAGAGUGGAGUCUACUGAGAACCCAGGAGGAAGCAGGCACAGCCUGGCAGCCAGAGACACCAUCAUGCAAUUCCGCUUUAUAAUCCGAUUUUAAUCAAGCAUUGAUUUUUUAAAAAGUAUAUAAAAUAGCUGCAUUUUC